GACCUCUUUUUUGUUUCCCGUUUCUUCCCCUUCCCAGCCCUCCCGAUCAAAUGCCCGAAACCCCAGCACUGGUAUUACUCGGAGCGGCGUGGAACCCGUGCACCGGGCCCGCGACUUGGAAGCGGAUUCUCCAUCACGAUCCAUCCGCCAACCACUCUCUUCCAGGCAAUGGCACAACCGCAACCGCCGUCAAUCGACUUUGACAAAAUCAGAAAGGACUCGGACGGGUCCGUGUUCGGCAUGGCGCGCUCGGCGUUCGCCGAGGUGAUCGGCAACAACCCCUACUUCGCCGCCGGCGGAAGCCUCAUGUUGCUAGGCACCGGGUUGGCCGUGGCAAGGCAGGGCGUCGUCAAGGGCUCCGGCUUUAUAUAUCGUCAAAUGCUCGUAGACUUGGAGAUCCCGUCGAAGGACAAGCUGUACUUGUGGUUCUUGGAGUGGAUGUCCCAGUAUAAGAGCCGCCGCUCGCGGCACUUGUCUGUAGAAACCAUGUUCACGCAGCACGACAACGGGGCCCUGACCACCAAGUUCUCGCUCGUGCCGGGCCCGGGCAAGCACUUGAUCAAGUACAAAGGCGCGUACAUGCUUGUGAACCGGGAGCGCUCGGGCAAGCUCUUGGACAUGACCAACGGCACGCCGUUCGAGACCGUCAAGCUCACCACUCUCUACAGCGACAGGCACUUGUUCCUGGACUUGCUCACGGAGGCCAAGCACAUGGCGCUCAAGGCGCAGGAGGGCAAGACCGUGCUCUACUCGUCGUGGGGCCCCGAGUGGCGGCCGUUCGGAAACCCCCGCAAGAAGCGGGUCAUGGGCUCGGUCAUUUUGGACGAGGGCUGCAGCGAGGCCAUCAUCGCGGACGUGCGCGAUUUCUUGUCCAACGGCGAGUGGUACCACGAGCGGGGGAUCCCGUACCGCAGAGGCUAUCUCUUGUACGGCCCGCCGGGCAGCGGCAAGACCUCGUACAUCCAGGCCUUGGCCGGCGAGUUGGACUACGACAUCUGCAUCCUCAACUUGUCGGAAAACAACCUCACGGACGACCGGCUCAACCACCUCAUGAACCACAUUCCGCAGCGGUCCAUCUUGCUUUUGGAGGACAUCGACGCGGCCUUCAACAAGCGAGCGCAGACGGCGGAGCAGGGUUUCCAGAGCGGGGUCACGUUUUCCGGGCUCCUCAACGCCUUGGACGGCGUGGCCAGUGCCGAGGAGUGCAUCACGUUCAUGACCUCCAACCACCCGGAGCGGUUGGACCCGGCGUUGUUGCGCCCGGGCAGAGUGGACUACAAGAUCAUGGUGGGCAACGCCACGGAGUCCCAGGUGCGCCGCAUGUUCUUGCGUUUCUAUGCGGACAAGGACCUUUGCGAGCAGUUCCUUGCCAAGUUCAACGAGCUCGGGCUCCUCGGCAAGGUCAGCACGGCGCAGCUCCAAGGGUUGUUUGUCUUCAACAAGAACGACCCGCGCCAGGCCCUUGCCAUGGUGGACACCUUGAACAAUCCGCACGGCUCUUUCUAGACACGGCCUGCCGCUUGUUUCGGGGGGUCUCUGGGGGUUCUUUGAGGUUUGUUGGGGUUGUUUGGGUUGUUUGAGGUUGUUUGGGUUGUUUGAGGUUUUUGAGAGGCUCGUGGGACUUCUCUGGACAUUCUUUUGGGGUCCUCUGACAUUCCCUGGAACGCUACUGAGACGUUCUUUGGACCCCUCGACAUGCCUUGGGCUUCUCUGGACAUUUAGAGGUCCCUCUUGUACAUAUUGACUGAGUA